AAGGUUUAAGUAGGAUCGAACAAGGAAACUGAGAAAUAUUUGCACUGGAGCUUUCAAGUGCAAAGCGUUAUAUUUUUUUACGAAGGAAAUUUUCUAUUUGUCAGCGAACAGUUCGAGUAUGGCUGGAAGAUUUGGCCUUGUGCAAAAAGAGAAUGGUUCGAGAGUUCCUUUGGAGAGCAUCAAGAUUAAAGUCGACGUGCAGGGUUUUACAGCACACGUGUUGGCAACGAUGAAAUACUCGAACAAGGAGAGCAAUCCCAUUGAGGCAAUUUUUAUUUUUCCUCUGGAUGAACAGGCAGCUGUGUGUGGAUUCCAAGCUACAAUCGAUGGUCGAACCAUCGUGGCAGAGGUUCAAGAGAAGCAAGAAGCUCAAGAUACCUAUGACGAUGCCAUUAGCAGCGGUCACAGCGCGUUUCUGCUGGAAGAGAGCGACGAAAGCUCGGACAUUUUUCAGAUUAGCGUUGGAAACUUACCGCCGGCGAAGGAGGCUGUCGUCGAGCUGCGGUUCGUGACAGAGCUUGCCGUCGAAGCCAAAGGUCGAGUCGUGUUUGUACUGCCAACGGUGUUAAAUCCCAGGUACACUCCUCAAGACAGUGCCCCUAGUCUUAGCGCACAAGUUCCACGAGUAGCCGCCGUUUCAUCGCCAUACGCGUUCGAGUUUGAGAUGAAAGUGAAAGCUAUUUCCUCCAUCAGUGAGAUUUCUUCUACGUCUAACACUUUAAAGGUCGAGAUAAACGAGAGCGAUGCAACGCAAGCCAAUAUAACGCUCGCGGAAGCGCACAAGUUUGACAAAGACGUGGAGAUACACAUUUUGACGAGAGAACCUUUCAAACCGCAAGCAAUCGUAGAGAGAGGAGUGAAAACAGAAGGAACGGAAGACGAGGAAGGAUUCAUGGCAAGUCCUGUCGUCAUGCUGAAUUUUUUCCCAGAAUUCAAAACCUCAGAGUCGUCGGAAAAGGGCGAAUUUGUGUUUGUGGUUGAUCGCAGUGGAAGCAUGAGUGGAAGCAAGAAUGACAGCGCUCGCGAAACACUCCUGCUAUUCCUUAAGAGUCUGCCGGACGGUUGUUAUUUCAAUGUUGUUGGUUUUGGAAGCAGCUACAAGACACUGUUCGAUAAAAGUGUACUGUACAAUGACGAGAAUUUAAAGAAAGCCACCGAUCUUGCUGGGAGCAUGAAAGCCGAUCUCGGAGGAACCGAAAUCCUUUCCCCUUUGCAGUGGGUGUUUUCUCAGCCCCUGGUUAAAGGUCACCCAAGACAGCUGUUUCUCCUGACCGAUGGUGAAGUUGGAAAUACUCAGCAAGUUAUAAGUUUGGUCCAAAAGCACUCCAACAGCGCCAGGUGUUUUACAUUUGGAAUUGGGGCUGGUGCAUCAACUGCACUCGUCAAAGGAGUUGCCAGAGUGGGAAAGGGGACUGCAGAGUUUGUCACAGCCAAGGAAGACCGGUUGCAGGCCAAGGUAAUCAAGACAUUAAAGCGAGCCCGGCAACCUGUCAUCACAAAUGUGAGCAUGACCUGGAAACUAGACAAAGGCUGGACUGUGCAGCAGAUCCCCUCGUCUCUUCCUCCGCUUUUCAGUGGAGACAGGCUUGUGGUUUAUGGCGUUUUGAAGGCGUCUGGAAACAAAAAAAAUGGCAGCGGAGUGAAUGAAGUGAGACUUACAGGUAACGCAGAAAAUGACGAUGAAGUAGAUCAUAUCAUUCAGUUUGCAUCCCCUGCCACUGAAGACAGCUGGGAUACAGAAGCAAGAACCGAAGAGGGAAUCCUUCUUCAUCAACUAGCAGCCAAGAAUUCCAUCCAAGAAAAACAAGAUGAUGUCAGUGAAUCAGGCGACAGUGGGCCAAGGUCUGAGAAAGCUAAGAGUUAUGUUAUCAGCAUCAGCAAGUCGGCCAAUGUUGUAUCAAAGUUGACGUCGUUUGUGGCUGUUGACAAAGACAGCCGUGAGCCUGUAUCUGGACCGCUUAAAAAACAAGUGGUCAACCUUGAAUCAAUGCAACUUGGUAUGAAACUCGCCCUAAGCGGGCCACAAAACUUUUGUUUAGCGGCUAAUGUUACGGGAGGCGGAAAGGCUUUUGGAAGACCUCCCCCUCCUCCUUCUGGAGCGGUGUCUGCUCAGUCAAAAGGAUUCUUCUCUUCGCUGUUUGGGGGUUCACUGAAGAAAGGAAAAGGAGAAAAAGCAGCACAUUCCCAUGCAGCUCUAAAAUCAGUAUGUCUAGCGGCACCUGAAGCUAAGGUGGAAGGUGAGAGUGGAAGCUACAUGGCCUUAUCCUCCUCCAAUAUGCAGAUAGGUUCCUAUAGUGCUCUUCCAGUUUCCGCUCACAGCCAGAAAAAGAAAGGUUCUCAAUCUGCCUUGUCAGUUAUUUCAUUACAGAAAGCGUCAGGGUCUUGGGACCUUACAGAUCAGCUGGUGUCCUUGUGCGAUGCGAGUAGAAGUGAUUUGAUCAAAGGAUGCCUAAAGGAGAUUGCAGCUGACACAGCCGAAGGAGCGCGGUUGUGGGCCACCGCCCUGGCUCUGGUGCUGCUGAUGGGAAAAUACUCGGAUCAGAAAGAUGAAUGGGAAAUGAUCGCUGAAAAAGGCAGAAAAUGGCUCAAAAAGAACCUCCCGGGGAGUUUAACUCUGGAUCAAGUGCUAGAGAGUGCAGCAACCGCAGUGGGAGUUUGGGUCAAUACUGGACUGUGACCAGAUAAAUAUUUAACACUAUUUAAAAUCUUUUUUUCACAAUUACCUCAUGGACAUAAAUUUGAUGUAAAACGCAGAACCUUAAUCACUUCAUUACUUCAGCAGCUAAACGUAGGCUGCCCGUUAGUCCAGGUUUGUCGUGGUGCUGACUCAAAUCCCAUCAGAUUGGGAUAAAAAAAAGAUAAACUAUGUUUGAUCUGGCCGGACAGUGACGGAAUUUUUCUUGUUAGUAGGCCGAUCCGGCUGAUCAAUUUUGGAUUAGUGGCAAGAUUCCCAAUUCAAUUUUUAUUUUAGUAUAAAGACUUACGUAUAGCAAUGUUUAGUGCUAACUCGAUGAUUGAGAUGACUUUUUUACCAACUUGUUUGAGAAUUACCUAAAGAAACAAAGAGAAAAAUCGGUCCAUGCUUGUUUCCUGCUCGUUUCGUCGUUUAUCAAUAAAGGGAAAAAUUACUGAGCGCUGAUUGGUUGAGAGAGAGGGCAUUUUUUUCUUAAUCGAGGGCAUUUUUAGUAAUCAAGAGAGGGCAUGAUUACCUGUUAAUGAUUGGCUAAUCCAUUGCAUAGCAACGGUUCGUUAUCUUGAAAUUUGUUAUCAAGUUUUUGUUGCAACAAUGGCUUGUCGUUUUAUUGAAGCGGACGACGAAUUAAUUGAACUUUUGAAAUGCGAAAGUGAAAACAAAAACACAAAACGAAGCACAGGCUAUUGGAAAGGAAUUUUUGAAAAGUGGGCGAAAGAUAAAAAUAGACUGCGCGCGUGAUUUUCCUUCGUAUAAAUUUUGCCCUUUAUUGAUAAACAAGUAAUCCCAUGAGAUCUCGUACUAUUAAGGAUUAAUUGCACUUGAGUUUUCAAAAUUUUCCAAAUUGCCCUCGUCGCUUCGCGACUCGGGCAAUUGGAAAAUUUUGAAAACUCUCGUGCAAUUAAUCCUUAAUAGUACUUGGCCUCAUGUGAUUACCUAUACUGAGCAGUGCUUAUUUUUAAAUAGCUUAAGGCUAUUUCAUGGCCUGUGCGAGGGAGCCAGUUUGUGGUAACUUGCACAGAAGCGACAUAACGAAAGGGACUAAGAUUACCAAGGGGCCAAGAAACCCACUGGUUUUCUCUCAGUCGUUCAUUCUUUCGUCUCGCACCUUUGACAAUGAAUAAUUAAGCAAGCGUUAUAAUGUAGUGAGAAUACUUUGUCGAAUUUUUGGGAAUUGUAGGAAUUUUUGCUCUCAUGUGUUUAAGAGUUCUGCAAACAUACGGCAGUUGGAGUGUAAUGCUUAGGCUAACGAAUUUAGGAAGGUUUUCACAAUUUGACUUAAAUUAAAUUAAUUGAGUAGCACUGUUAUUCACGUUGUAAAUGCAACGUCCCUCUAAAUAAAUAGAAAGUUAACCGAAUAAUGACGACAGCGAUUACAAUAACGGUGAACAUAACGACAAUGAUACUGUUAAUGAUAACGCUAACGAUAACGACAUCAAUACCGAUAGCGAUAACGAUACCGACAUCAAUACCGAUAGCGAUAACGAUAACGACAUUAAUACCGAUAGCGAUAACGAUAACGACAUUAAUACCGAUAGCGGUAACGAUAAUGAUGACGACACCAAUACCGAUAGCGAUAACGAAAGCAAUACCGUUAGCGAUAAUGAUGACAUCAAUACCGAUAGCGAUAACGGUAGCGACAGCAAUAACGAUAACGACAUCAAUACCGAUAGCGACAACGAUAACGACAUUAAUACCGAU